AACAACAGCUGAUGGUUCAAAGAAGCGUAAACACCUGGAGAGAAUACUGCAGCCCAGAUAUCAUCAUUGUGUAGGGGGAGAUUUUGAGUGGAGACAUCAGCUGUGAAGUCACUCGGUACCAGUACAGAAGUGAAGAUGGACAUUGUUCCGUCACUGAGACGCAAGGCCACCAGUCUGCUUUCAACAGACACAGUGGAUUUGGCAGUCAAGAAGAGGAAGUCGCUGACCAGCUCAUUGUCCAGCUCACUGUCCAGUUCAUUGACCAGGACGUCCAGUAAGGUGGUGAAAACUGUUAAGACAACCACUGUGUCAACAGCAAAGACAGUUCUCCAUUCCUUAAAGCCCGCAAAACUGAGGAAAAAUCCAACAAGAGAAAGGCGAAAGCCAAAGAUAUUGCAGGAUGAGCCAGUUAAAAAUAUGGAGAAACCAACACAUGCAAACAAUAAUGAUCGCAGCAAACUUCGGUUUCUUAGACUCACCCACUUGUCUGUCCGCAAUGAAGAAGAUUCCUUUUUCCUGUGUCGAGCCUUGCAAAAUGUCUUUGCACAUACAAAGCGGUUCCGUGUCCAGUGGCUGACCUUUGACCCCAAGACACAGAUAUAUCGUGUGGACUACGUGGAAGACAUUACUCCCGACUCUGUGCUGGCUACAGUACGUUUGAAGCGAGUGGGUGCUGGAGAGUAUAAACUACAUGAGGCAGACAGGCUUGAGACAGAAAGGCUUCUGAAGAAAUCCAUCAAUAAAGACAAGGGCCUGGAUGUUAGUGAUGAAGAAUCAGAUGAUGAAGAGCCACCAGCCAAAAAGAAAAAGAAAGAAACAAAGAAAACAACAAAGACAGCAAAAAAGGGGAAGAAAGAUAUGAAGGAAAAGAAGGAACGUAAACCAAGAUCAAAAAAGGAUAAGGCUGAGAAAGCGCCUAGGAAGAGAAAAGUCUCAAAAAAGAAUGAAGACCUUGAGUUGCAUCCCAACCCUGCCAUUAAGGUUCUGGACAAAGACCCUUUCUUUGAAACCAAAGAUAAAGUGCCAUUUGUGUCGAAGUUUGUUCAUGGAAAGUUAAUCAUUAGAGCUGUUCUCCUGAAUGACAUGAAGAUGUUGAAGAAGCUGAGUCAGGACAAAGACAAAAUCUAUAAUCUCAACUCUACCAGAGCCCCCGCCAUUCCACUCACAGCUAUGGAAUAUGCAAUACUGAAAAAUAACUCUGAUGCGAUAAAAACGCUGCGGAAUAUUGAGUAUGAUCCUUCGUACCAGAAGCCGAGGCACAGAGAACAGAUAAUGAUCAGUCGCCUGGGUACUGGCAGCUACAAUCGUCGCUCUCUUGGCGUCAGUUUCAUUCGUGAAAUCAUGGCCAGUAGAGGGACCAGAGAAGGAAAUAAUGCAUUAACUAAGGAUGUAUCUGACAUGGCAAGUAACUGCAGAGCUGAUAGCUGGAAGCUUUUAAGAAUGGCCUUUCAAGCCGGCUGUGACUGGGAGCUGGUAAAGGCCUUCAUAAAAGACAACUUCUUAUCUUCUGACAGAGACUUGGAAGAUUUGUCGUCGUACAAUGCCAAAAAUGUGUUUAAAGAGAUUGGGAGGGCUCUAUGGAGAGGUCAUUAUAAGUUGGCCAGAGAACUGCUGAAGUGGGCAUCUGAACACUCCACCACUGGCUUCCAGGCUAUACAUGCCAAGGUGUUGUUGGAAGAUGUAAAGGAGAUGAAGAAGAUAAACCCAAGUGAUGUAACAUACAGCUCAUCUGUUCACCCAGGGUGUGCCCCAAUCCACAUAGCUGCUGUGAAUCCGGAUUCCCGCAUGUUGAAGCAUCUACUUGACAUAUCACCAGACAUCAACUGUAAUGACCAGACUCAGAAGAGCCCGGUUCACUAUGCUGCUGUCUGUGAGAGUACAGGUCCACUUGAAGUGCUACUCAAAAUGGGAGCCAGUAGCUUGGGUGUGGACAAAGAGAAUAACACACCAUUGCACAUGGCUUGUGAGGCUGGCCGUAACAAGAAUGUGGAGGUCUUACUUGGAAGUAACCCUGAUUUGAAGUCUGCCCAAGGAGAGAUUAUUGAGCAGAGGUAUGGCAAAGGUGGAAUUCAUCGCAUGAACAAAUCUAGUUACCAGCCCAUCCACCUGGCCGUCGAAAACGGACACCUGCAAGUUGUCAAGGUAUUGCUGAAGCAUGGUGCUAACAUCAACGCCCAGAUCUCCAUUGGUAAAUUCAGGCUGACACCACUGAUGCUGGCAACUGACCAGGGUCACUAUGAACUGGUCAGAUACCUAGUGGACAAUGGUGCAGUCGUCAAACAGAGAGAUCGCCUUGGAAGGACGGCCUUGAUUCACGCUGUGAUGAAUGGACAUACCCACAUUGCCUCCUAUCUGCUGAACCUGGGCGCUAACCCAAACACAGCGGACUCCUCAAACAACACAGCCAUACAUUAUGCGGCUGCUUAUGGCUGGCCACACCUCACCCAACUUCUCCUGGAGGCGGGUGCUGACCCAAACACGCAGAGUCUGUGGAAGAUUUCACCUGUGUCCAUUGCCUGGUUGAAAGGUCAUCGAGGGAUUGUCAGCAUUCUACUUGAAGAUGAGAGAGUCGACGUAAACUUCAGGGAUGACAGAGGCCAGACUUUGGUGCACAUUGCGGCAUCCAGUCCUCUAGCCAAGGAUCUGUAUGACCAGAUGGAGUAUCUGAUAGAGGAAAAAGGAGGCGAUGCCACAGCCGUCAGUAUGGAAGGUGACACAGCGCUUACUUUGUUGCUGUUUGCUCCGCAAAAUACAGGGGAGGAUGGGAUUGACUUUGGCAUGUAUGAAGCAAGACGGAGGAAAAUUGCUGAGUUGCUGUUGAAGCAUGGAUGUCCGAUUGACACUGUGAAGAAGUCUGGGGAAACAGUUUUGGAUCUGGCCGUAAAGAAGGCAAGCCACGACAUGAGUUUGUUUCUGAUUGAGAAAGGAGCAAGCAUAUCCAACCAUCAGGAUGAGAACGGGGACAAUCUGCUUCAUUGCAUCUGUAGAGAGAGCAUCGAGUUCAAUUUUUUGCUAAUUCUGCAGCUUCUUCUGGAAAAGACACCAACCAAAGCAACUGACAAAGGCACAGAUUUUGUGGCCAUUUUGAAGUCUAUGGCCAACCAGCACAACCACGAAGGCUUUACUCCCUUGCUGUUGGCCUGUAAGAAGUACGGAGAAAAUUUCCAUGCUCCUGGUAAGGAUGACAAAGAAAGGAGACUUUGGUGGAGAAAGAAACGCGAAUUUCUCAAAGUUUUGGUGGAGAAGCUGGGUAGUGAUGUGAACGCCGUGGUGGGAAUGCGUCGCCAGGAGGGAGACACAGAUGUCUCGGAGAAGCUCAGAUACGGACCUUCAGGCAAGCAAUCUGUACUGGAUCUGUUACUGGAUGCCAGGGACAUGUCUGACCCUGAUGGACCCUGGGGAGCCAACCCUGCCAUACGCAUGAUGCUUAACUAUCACGUUGAUCCUAACAAUCGCUCCAUUGAUGGAAGGACACCUCUCUGUAAGGCCGUCAGGAAGGGCCAUCCUGACCUGAUUGCCAUGUUGUUAGAAAAUGGAGCUGAUGUCAACAUGGGAGAAACAGACGAGGAGGGGAACGUCAUCAGAACACCGUUCAUUGAGGCCAUCUCUUCUGUGAUUGAAGAAGGGGUAGUGAAAAUUCUGAAAAUGAUGCUGAAAAAAGGAGCCAGGAUAAAUGAGAAGGUGCCCAAAACAGGAGGGACAGCUCUUCAUAAAAUAGUGACUUUGUCAGAUGAUGCGAGACAGGUGAAGGUAAUGAAACCAUUUAUGACCUUUGGACCUGACCUUGAUGUGCGUGACGGCAAUGGCAGAACCCCACUUCACUUGGCCGUCAACAACAACAGGGGCUCGAUCAACUCGUCCAACUUGGUGGAGGAGAUGCUCAUAGACAAUGGUGCAGACGUGUUCGCAAAAGACAACCAGUCUCGCAUGCCAAUUUCUUAUGUCUUCUCUCAUGUAGGCAGGGAAAGUGACAGCAGUCAGAUAGAUCCCACAGAACUGUGCCGCCUUCUAGCCACAGCCAUGAACUUCAAGCAGCUAGACCACCAGGACUGUAAUGGUCAGACUGUAUUACACCUGGCUGCAUUCCGAGGAGCGUACCUGUCCUGUGUCUACCUGCUACAGAGAGCUCCCUACUUAAAGGUUUCCCAGGGCGACAACUCGGGAACAUCUGCCCUUGGCUAUGCUGUGAAGAAUAACUAUGACAAUUGUGCUUGUAUGCUGAUUCAACAUGAGCCAGCUGCAGUGUCUGUGCCCAUAGUAACCAUGCCUAAAGAUCAGCCAACCAAGAAGACGUCUGAGGAGUCAGAUAUGUCAGAUGAUGAUGAUGAUGAUGACACAAGCGAUGACUAUGACUCUGACUUCAGUGACUCUGACAGUGACACAUACCAACGUAAAAAGGAAGCUAAAAAACAAGCGGCCAUGAAAAACAUAAAAGAAAGACCACCAAAGCCAAUUUGGAUGUGGAAACCUCUAAAGAGAGAGGAAAAAGUCAGUGACAUUGUCAAGACAUCAAUUUUCCAGGCGGCCAUCAGACAAGAGUUGCAAGGAACUGUCUUUAUGAUCCUAGAGCUGCCUCAUUCGGUGUCUGACCUUACUAACUUCAAGGCCAUUGAGAUUGCCAUCGGGGAAGGAAAGAACUGGGUGACUUUGCGGCUGAUGAGUCGUAUCCGAGAUAAGGCGGAGUUCAGACUGACCAAUGAUUCGGGUCAGAACUUUUUCCACAUUAUGGCUCUCAAGUGGAGCAAACGCUCCUCUGAACACUGCUUCAACAUGGUGACUGAUCUUCUGCUCGAGCAUGAUGUGCCUUUGGACAAGAAAGACAAAUAUGGCUGUACACCAAUAUUCUAUGCUGCGUACAAUCAUAACUUUGUCAUGACAGAGUUCUUUCUUAGCAAACAGAAGAAGUUGGAUGCAAGUGUCAAAGAUAAAUUUGGACGCACACUGGUAGCUGCCACACUGUUCAACUGGGAAGCAGCCAUGAAUAAUGAAUAUGAUGUUGGGUUGUUUUUGAACAAGCUUUACUCUCACAAGGCAGCGCUGGAUGACCGUUUUGACUUCCAAGGAGGGAGGAAGGUGUUUGGGACGAAAUUGCCACAGGGGGACAAGAGUUAUUUCAAAGAGGGCUCUGGCCCACUGGUUUCUCCACUAAUACGGGCCAUUCUUACUGAUAACUUCAGCUUUGCUCAGUACCUGCUGAAGAGUAAGGCCUCUGUGAACUACACGGAUGCAGAUGGAAUCUACCCACUGAUGCAUGCUGUGAGACAGAAUGAUGUGAAGUUGGUGAAACUGAUGCUGGACCACAAUUAUGAUCCUAUAUUAGAACAACGGCAAAUUGAUGAAGAGAAGCAAAAAGCAUUAGAGAAAGCAGAAAGGAAGAAACAGCUGGCAAAGUCAAAAGCAAAUAAGUUUUCUCUGAAGCGUGUAGCUUCUGUACAGUCUGAGGACAGCGACGAUGAGAAAUCAGAGUCAGAAGCUGAGGAAGAAAACACGGAAGAGGAGGAGGAAGAUGAGACUUCAAGAUACCGGGCAGUAGCCAAGAAGAGCAAGGUGAACUUGAACGCCCAGGAUAAGUCUGGCUGGACAGCACUUCAUCACUGUGUGAGACCCCUGUCCCUGGGAACGUUUGAUAAUGAAACUUCAAGAUACCGGGCAGUAGCCAAGAAGAGCAAGGUGAACUUGAACGCCCAGGAUAAGUCUGGCUGGACAGCACUUCAUCACUGUGUGAGACCCCUGUCCCUGGGAACGUUUGAUAACGCCGAGAUCGUCUGGACACUGGCGAGGGCUGGUGCAAACCUGAAUAUUAAGGAUAAAGAAGGCCUGACUCCACUGGACAUUGCACUGAAGAGCGGAGCAGAAAAAAUUUCCAAGAUCAUACAGCAAAUCAUGAAUAUUGACGAGAAAAAGCAGAAGCAGCCAGUGCUGGAGGAGUGGCCUGCUGUGGAUGACGGAUUAGUGUGGAAGACUCCUGCCCCUGAUGUGGAGAAGGAUGCUGAGGCACUCUUGCGGAAGCUAAACGAAGACAAGAUGGAUGAGGACACCCCAGCCCUUCAGGAAGAGAUAGAUGACCAGUGUGAGAUCAAGGCUACAGGAGAGCUAGUGACGGACUCAGACCUCAAGCGGCCUUUCAGUGCCUUGCUGACCAAAGUUGACAUCAAGCAUGGCGUGUAUGGAAUGUACAACUUCUACAAACUCCAGUUGGUGAGGCAGAAGGGUAAGGACAUGUACAUAUUGUUCACCCGCUGGGGAAGGAUAGGAGAUAGUGGCCAAUUCCAGCAUACCCCAUUCGCGUCGAUGGAGGAAGCAGUGAAAGAGUUCCGGAAAGUAUACAGGGAAAAGUCUGGGAACCAUUGGGCAGACCGCAAUGGUGAGUUUGAGGCCAAGUAUAACAAGUAUCGGGUAGUGACAUUGGAUGAAGAACACCCAGGAAUCAAACAGGACCAGGUCAAGGUCAACCUGGUCUCUAAAGUACCCUCCAAGCUGCCACCUUAUAUCCAGGAUACCAUGAGGGAAUUUACUAGCGUGGAGAAUCUUAAUGCAGCAAUGAAACGAGAAAUAGACGUGGAACUUCUCCCAUUUGGUCGCUUGAAAAAAGAGGAUCUGUUAACUGCAAAGAAGGUUCUCCUUGACCUUGCUAAAGUGCUGACAGAGGCAGAUGAGAUGGCAGGAGAGUUGGCAGACGCAGACAAGCAGGAGUACUGGCGCAAACGUGACCAGGUGAGUCGCCUGAGUAGUCAGUUCUACCAGCUGAUCCCAAAGCGAGACUUUGUAUAUGAGAAAAUCCGUCCCCUGAGUAUCUCCGACAUCCACACUGAAAUGAGGGUGGUGAACAACCUGCUGGACUAUGAAAAGGCCAGCAAGAUUAUCCUAGGAGCAGAAUACAGAAAGAAAGAGAUCAACCCACUGGAUUAUGUCUACCGGGCUCUGAACUGUAAAGUCCGUCUGUUGAAAGAAGAUGAUGAAAUGACACAAUACAUUCUGCGAUAUAUCAGCGCCUCAGAUUCAAGUGCCAAUGUGGAGGCAAUAUACAGUUUGUCUCGUGAUGGGGAGGAGCCAAGUGACCUAGGCAACCAAAAGCUUCUCUUUCAUGGCAGCGGAGUUCCAAAUUUUAUUGGAAUAUUAAACCAAGGGUUGCUUGUGGCUCCCCCUGGUGUUCAGAUAUCUGGAGCUCUUUAUGGAGAGGGUAUCUACACCUCCCAUGCCUUCAGAAAGAGCAAGGGCUACUGCUACAACUACGUCACUGGAUCCAAACUGCGCUACAUGCUACUCUGUCAGGUUGCCCUUGGAAAGCCCGACACGUCGUACAGACGUGAUAAUGGGCCCCGUCCUGGUUUUGACAGCGUGAGCUCGUGGAAACCAAGUUUUCAAUAUGAAGUCAAGCUGCCUUCAGGUGUGGGUGUACCGCUGGACCAGACCGGUUACAGUAACUCAGAGUUCAUUGUCUACAAACCAGACCAAGUCGUGCUUCGCUAUCUCGUGCAGUUUCGCACCUAAGCUCUCUGCUCAGGCUGUUUCAUCUCUACAUGUAAUCACAUACUGCACUUCAACAUGGCAUUUAAAAGGUUGCAUUUGCUUUCUACUGCCCUAAUGUUCUUGCUGAGAAAUUCCUUAAAAUGGAUCGUACAUUGUCUGUACAUCUGAGAGAAGAUCUUUGGUUGUUAUUCUAGUAAGCGUGUGCUUUGUUAGGGUUGUGAAAUGACAUAUGUCAGUACAUUGACACAGAAUGUGGUCAGAAGUGAGUGCUUGGGGUUUAAUGUCAUAAAAUAGGGUUAAAAGACACCUUUGAGGAAAAUGCUUGUAACAGUAAAGAACACUUUGUAUAAAGGUUCUUGAAAACUGAGGAAUUAACAUCUUUGUUUAUAUUUCUGGUAUAUUGUAGUUUUCUUUAUGUAUUCAUUUGUAUACUUCAUUGUCAGGUUUGCCACAAGUGAGAAUUUAGGCAAAAAGUUAAUUUGAAACUUUCUCAUGCAUCAGAUGUGGUUUUUUUGGUAUAACUUUUUAUCUUGUUUGUGUUUUGGUUUGAGAUUACUGCAUACAUAUGUUAGGUAUAUGUACAUGUAAAUUCAUGUAGGACUGUUUUCAAAGCUAUUUGAUAUAUAUAUAUGUUAUGAUAUACUGUAUACUUUGUGGAAAAAGGGAAAAAUAUGUUUCUGAUGUGAAGAGGGAAUCAAAUAUUGCUUGAAUUAUAAAAUUGACAUAGGAUGGACAUUAUUUCUUUAGGUGUAGUCAAAUAUAUAAGUGACUGGUUAGAAACCUUUGUACAAUGCAUGGGAAACUGUCGAAAACACAGCAGUAGGACUUAGAUGCCAUUUUUAAUACUGAUGUCAAGCGUUUCCCCACCUGCCUCCUCCCUCCUCAUUAUGAUGUCACAUUAAAAACAGAAUGAAGUUACACUAGGCACUACAUAUAAUACAUUGCUACAUUGUAGACCUUGCACUACAAUCAAGUUCUGAUGUAACAAUGGCUUGAGGUUCUGCUUCACACGAUCACCACAACACAGUAUUCAAAAAUAAGCCGCCUCCCCAUUGUCAAUUUUAGUGUUACUUGAUUUUCCAUGAAUCUAGAGAUCUUAAUCUUGCUUUAUAGGAAAGAUUACGACGUAUGUUCUGUUAAUGAAAGUGUAGUGUUUUGUGAGUGUCUUGCUAUUUAUUAGCUGUCUCUAUACAAUUCAUUGUUUUUAUGUUGUUUUCUUUCUUUAGAAACUUUAAAAAAAUUAUCCUUGUACCUUAUGUAGCAAAUGCAAAUUUUUGAAGUAACAUCAUAAAAAAGAAGAAUCAUGUAUUUAUUUACAUCCAAAUAUAGAUUUUUUAUUAUGGUUAUUAGUUACAAAGUGUCUUUAAAAAGAUGCUGGGACUGUUAUAAUUAGUUUUGGUUAGAAAUUUUUGAGAGGUAUGUAUUGUUACUUGUGAUCUAAUAUUCAAAUUUUCUCCAUUAGAGACAAAAUACUUCUUUGGUUGGAUUAUCAAUUUUUGUGAUAAGUUUUGUCUGGAUAUCAAGUCCACGGAUCUUUUUGAUAUAUUUUUACUAAUAUAAAAUGUUUGAUAGACACACCAUAUCAAGUCUACUAUACACAGAUGAUAAGUGUAUGACACACAUGAUAUCAUGUCUGUGAUACUAAAUUAAUGUUAAGUAUAUCACAGACAUAUGUUUUCUAGUCCAUGAUACACAUGCGAUGUUAAGUGUACUGUAGACUGAUAUCCACUCCACAAGAGUGGUUAACUGUUUGGCAGACAUGUGAUAUCCAGUUCAGUGUACACAGAUAUGGUAUGACACACGUGAUAUCAAGUUUGUGAUACUCAGUUAUCAUACAGACAUAUGGUAUCUGGUCCAUUAUACACAUGUCAUGUUAAGUGUAUGGCAGACCUAUGAUAUCUAGUCCACAAGUGUCGUUAACUGUUUGCCAGACAAAUGAUACCAAAUUGAGGCACUCAACUUCAAGUGAUGUUCAUAAUAGGUGUUUUACAGAAGUACUGUAUCAAGCCAACAAUACGCAAAUGAUGCUAAGUGUACGACUGACGUGAUAUCAAGUCCAUGAUACACAAGUGAUGUUAAUUGUAUGACAUAAAAGUGAUAUCAAGUGAUGAUCAAUGUUAUAAAAAUGGUACAUGAAAAAUAUAAAUUAACUUGCACCUAAUACAAUCUACUUGUCUGGUUACCAGGGUAAUAUGUUUGCGGUCACAGCAGUUUAAGUUUUUGAGUUAAAAAUUGGAGCAUUUUCUGAUUUAAGGUUAGAUUUACAGUGAAUACAUGUAUGUAGCCCAGCACGAAAUCAUGCCUUGAUUUUGUAAUGCAGUUAAUAAGCUGGAUAAAGACCGUAAUGUUGAGGUUGUAUAUGCUGAUAGAAGAUUGCUGCUCAUUGAUGCAUUAUGUGAUGGAUACCUGCAUUACCUACAGUCUGAUGAAAUGUGUUUUUUAAUUUAAUUAUUUUGUGCCUUUUUUGGUUUUGGAAGAUCACAAGUUAAGUAACAAAAUAUAUACUUUUUCAUCAUGAAAUUGAAUCUGUUGAAACUUCUGUGGUCAUGAACAAAACUCCGACAGUGUUUGGAGUAGACACAGAUAUUAUACAGUGUUGUUGUUAUAUGUGUACGUGUGACAGUUACAGUAUUUUCUGUAGGCAUACUUUACAACAUACAUUCAUCCUAUUUCUGUGUGUAUUUCUAAUAAGUAUAUUUGUAGUAUUAUAGCACAGACUGUAAUUUACUAUCAGCAUUGACUUUCAUUGUUUCACCUUUUGGUGAAACACUCCAAAGAUGCGUAAUACCUGCAUUUUAUAAACCAAAAACAGGCGCUGUUUACGAUUUGACUGACAAAGGAUUUUUUUCAUAUAGAAGUAUAUGGACGUACAAUUUCAAGUUAUGAUUUUAUGACUUCAAAAAUGCUGACUGAUAAAGGCUUUUUAAGCAUCCAAAUACAAAUUAUAAUUUUAUGACUUGUUGAAUUUUACACAUUUCUAGUGGGGUAUGUUUAGGUUCUUGUUCCGGUGUCAGUAUUACGUAUGAUAUGAGGUGUCGUCUCUAACAUCCCCAGAUACGUGUCAGUUGUGAUAUUUCCUCCAGUUUCGGUAGACCCUAUACUAGCUGGACUGGGGACAUGACAUGAGAGAAAUGGCUGUCUUUCAGAAAAGCAUUCGAUUUUUCUGCCAUAUCCUCUGUCAGUUAUCGAUUUCAUUUGUAUUUGUGGACAUUGAUGCAAUCUCCUACUCUAUAUCUUGUGAUCGCAGUGUAGACCGUCAAAGAAAGCCUUGCAUAUGUACAUCAGCUUUAAUAUUUUAUUUUUCAGACUUACGCGUCGAUGUUACGAACUCCAUUUUCUCUGUAUCUAGCAAUAUCUGUCAAAGAUAGCAUAUAUAUUACUUGUGCUACUGUUUUAUUCUCAGAUUCUAACAUGAUGUGUUGAUAAAUUUGAUGAAAUAUGGCUUGUGUAGAUUAUGGUGUCGUAUAAGCAAUACGGUAAAUGACCAAAUUGUUUGACAUUUAUUUGCUUGUAAAAUGCCAUUGUAGUCAUUUACCAUAAGUAUCUUAACCACCGUAUAUCUUUGGUAGUGUUUCCUUGUCUGAAGUGCUGAAGAUUGUAAUCAGACAAUGCCGUAUGAAAUAUGCCCAGUUAAACUUUUUUUUUUGCUUUUAAAGUGAUUCAUUUAAAGUGAUUCGUUUUUAUUUGCUUGUUUGGUUGCUGUCAGUUCGUCGUCACAUAUUCGGUGCAUUCUUCAUUUCGAUAUAUACGAGGUGUCAGCGGUCUUGAUAGUAUCACACUUGUCUUGCUUUGUACUUUACAUACAGAAUAUAGAUGG